GGAAAGGUCAGCAGUAAAUAUUGACACCGGAAUCAAUCAUCUCUACUGAGGUUCCAGAUUGCUCCAGCCAGCCAGGGCAGCUAGGUCUCAGGUGACAAGGAUAGGACAGCCGCCCUCAGAAAGAGCUGCCAUCCAGAAGCCUGGAGAGAGGCCGUCUCCCUGACUCUGGGUCGCCGUCCUCAGUGUGGAGCACGCAAUGCUGAAGACGCUGGCUUUGUUGGUGCUGGGCAUGCGCUACUGGUGCGCCUCAGGUUUCCCGGUGUACGACUACGACCCUUCCUCUCUGCAGGAAGCUCUCAGUGCCUCCGUGGCAAAGGUGAACUCGCAGUCCCUGAGUCCUUACCUGUUUCGGGCGACCCGGAGCUCCUUGAAGAGAGUCAACGUCCUGGAUGAAGACACAUUGGUCAUGAACUUAGAGUUCAGUGUUCAGGAAACUACGUGCCUGAGAGACUCUGGUGACUCCUCCUCCUGUGCCUUCCAAAGGGGCUACUCUGCGCCAACAGCUGCUUGCAGGAGCACUGUGCAGAUGUCCAAGGGACAAGUGAAGGAUGUUUGGGCUCAUUGCCGCUGGGCGUCCUCAUCUGAGUCCAACAGCAGUGAGGAGAUGAUGUUUGGGGACAUGGGACGAUCCCACAGACGAAGAAAUGAUUAUCUACUUGGUUUUCUUUCUGAUGAAUCCAGAAGUGAACAAUUCCGUGACCGGUCGCUUGAGAUCAUGAGGAGGGGACAGCCCCCUGCCCAUAGAAGGUUCCUGAAUCUCCAUCGCAGAGCAAGAGUAAAUUCUGGCUUCGAGUGACAUCCUGGAGACUUCAUGAAAGAAUGAGAAGCAGACGCUGAAAUGAAGAAAGACAUGGAGAAUGGUGUCUUUUCCCUUUUUAUAAGCUCCACUCUGCAAUAAAGAUCUUUCCCUUCC